UACAGACACCUCUCCCGUUCUCUGUCAUAUCACUGGAGGUUGUGUCUGGUGUUUCUCAGAGAUAACUCAGUGGGCGCCACACUGAGUUCAGUCGACCUAUUUUCGCAUUACUUGAGCGGAGGGAUGCCCUGCCUCUACUCCGAAGCGCUGGAGUGCAUGGAGUCGGGCAGAGCGACCCCCGAAGCUUCUCCUGUGUCGAGGACAGGGGAGUCUCUCCGCAGGGCCACGGUGACACACCCGUCGAUGGUUAAAGGCAUCGGCUGGUUCUUCUCGCCGCUGUUCAGCCCCCGCUCCAGGACGCACUGCCGGAGGUUUGAGGACGGCAUGGGCAGCGACCAGGUGGAGGCAUGGCUGGAUGACCACUCCGACUUCACACGGCCGUACUUCUCACGCAGGGCUUCAGCAGCCAGUGGUCCACAGGUGGAGGUGUCUCAGCAGCCUCCCCAUCCUCCCAGGAGCAACUCUGACCACUCUGACAUCCCCUUGACUGCUCAUUAUCGCAGGGGCUCCUCCCCGCUGACCAGCUCAAACCAGUGCAUCUCAACUCCCACUAAAGUCAGACGUGAACUCCAGACCUCCAUUGUCAUUGCUCCUGACUGGAUGGACCGCCUAAGUCCAGAUACUCUGGGUAGUCACUCCCCUUGCUCUCCCCGUUCUUCCAACUCUCCACUAUCACCUUGCUCCACUGUUUCUCCUUCACUUUCUGCCACUUGCCUGUGCUCAGCCCGUUCUCCCCAGACCAAACACUCCUCAUCAAAGAUGACUGCAGCCUGUGGGAAAGGUGAGGGCUGCCCGUGGAUGACAGGGCUCCUGAGAGGAGGUCUCAGAUGGGUGGGCUCUGUCGCAGAGCUCUGCCAGGGGGCUCUCCUGCAUGCUGGGGAGCUGGUGGCACCGGAAAGCUGCUCCCUCUCUCUGGUAAAGAAAGAUCGAGGGGGAGGGAGAACCCUGGAGGAGGUUGCUGUUCUGACAAUGUUUGGGCACAUGAAAGACGACCACCCAUGCAGCCAGGCAUAUCUGGGACUGGUGAAGGGCAUCAUGGAAUAUGUACUGGCUACGGGCUCUCCAGUGAAUAUAGAUGCAGAUCAGGACCACAGAUUUGAUGUUGGAGAUAAUCAGUCAUCAGGCUUUAAACUCAGAAGUGUCUUGAGUAUGCCCAUCAAGAACCACAGGGAAGAGGUGCUAGGCGUCAUGGUAAUGAUCAACAAGAGAAAUGGCAGUGAGGGAACAGCCACUCUAUUUACUGACCUGGAUGAGAAGGUGCUUGCCAAUCAUAUGGACAUAUUGGGAAUGGUUCUGGAUAAUGCCCUACUGUACGAGAGCUCUAGGCAGGAGGCCAAACGAAGUCAGGCCUUGAUAGAGAUGGCACAUGUGUUGUCAGAGGAGAAUCACUCCUUUGAAGUUCUUCUGAGUAAGAUGUCUGCCACCAUCAUGCCCUUCACACAUGCUCAGUACUGCACCAUCUUCAUCACCAAGGAUAAAUACACAGUAGUGGGGGAUCAGGAUGUGUUUUCCCGGGUGAUCCACACGGAGUGUGAGGAGCUUGGUCCAACCUGCCAGAUCUACAGAAGGGAGCAUGACAUCAGCAAUAUUGACUCAGCAUAUGCCCUUCGAACUCUGGUUACUAUGGAAACACUUAAUAUGUCAGACAGCUCUCCAGAAUCAACGAGGAGCCUGAUCUGCUGCCCUGUCAGAAAUGCAAGAUCUGAAAAGGUCAUCGCUGUGUGCCAGUUGAUGAACAAGCAGAGCAGAGACUCUGAGGAGAUGGAGGCCUUUAACAGAUAUGAUGAGCGCCUCCUAGAGGACCUGGCAGUGUAUUGCAGCCUGGCACUGCAGUAUGUUCAGACUGUUCAGAUCACUGAGAAACGGAGGGCCAGCAUAGAGGUCACACAGGAGGUUCUUGCCUACCACAUCACUGCAACAGAGGAGGAAGUACAGGCAUUGCAGGAGGCCACCAUUCCCACUGCUGAAUCACUGAACAUCCUAGACUUCCACUUCUCUGAUGUUGGCCUCGCAGAGGAGCUCACCACACAGGCCACCGUUCGCAUGUUUCUGGACCUCAAUCUGGUGCAGGAUUUCAGCAUCGACUACAGGAAUCUGUGCCAGUGGGUGCUGAGCGUCAAACGUGGUUACAGGAACAAUGUACCUUAUCACAACUGGAGUCAUGGGCUGAGCACUGCUCAAGCCAUGUUUUCUAUGCUCAUGGCCACAGACCAGUUCCAGGCAAUCUUUUCUCGGCUGGAGAUCUUAGCUUUGAUGAUUGCCACGCUGAAUCAUGAUCUCGACCACAGAGGUGUUAGUAAUUCCUACAUAGAAAGGAGUCAUCAGCCAUUAGCUCAGUUGUACAGCCACUCUUCACUUGAGAACCACCAUUACAACUUCUGCCUCUUCCUCCUCAACAACUCAGGAAGUCAAAUCCUCAGUGGUCUCUCUAAAGAGGAUUACAGAGCUGUGCUGUCCAUGAUCAAAAGAGCUAUCCUUGCCACUGACCUGACCAUCCAUGUGGAGAGAAGAGCUGAGUUUUUUUCUCUUGUGAGGAAAGGUAGAGUCAGCUGGAAGACUGAGAAGCAAAGAGAUCUACUGAGGUCAAUGCUGAUGACAGCUAGUGACCUCUGUGCCAUCACAAAGCCUUGGCCUGAGCAAAAAAGGAUUGCCAACCUGGUUGCCAUGGAGUUCUUUGCACAAGGAGAUAAAGAAAAAGAGGAGUUCAAUAUCAAACCCAUUGAUGUUAUGAACAGAGAAAACAGCACUCGACUGCCACACAUGCAAGUUGAGUACAUUGAUGAGAUCUGUCACCCACUCUACAAGGCUCUAUCAGGAUUGUCUGACAGCUGUUCACCUCUACUGAUCGGUUGUGAGAAAAACAGAGAGAACUGGCUACGGCUUGCUAAGGAAGGAGGAGAAGAAAGUGAAAACAAUGGUGAAAAUGUGAACAAAAAUUUAAAAGAAUGAUGAAAAGAGAGCUGGGAGCAGGAUGGACAGAGGACAACUUGAUACCAUCGCUGUGUGGCGGCUUUGGAGACAAAGAGCAGAAAAGAGUGCUUAGAAGGAAAAAAUGUGUUUUUUUUUCUUUCGCCCGAAGCUUUCCACAUUCUUGCCACAUCUCUUGCAUGCAUCUUGAUUAAAUACAUGCAUACUUUACGCACAUGAGAGAGUUUACUGCCAAGUGCCCAGCUGUAUCAGUGGGGUAUCUAAUAAAACUUGAUGCUGCAGUUAGCAUGUUCGGUCUAAAUGCUGUUGACAAUGUCAAAUCUCACACUGGUAAUGUUGAUGUUUUUCUCUCUUUUACAAAGGAUUGAAGCUGCAAAAAUCUGGAAAAUUAAUUUAAAGAUUUCCAUAUUUUGUCUGCAUUAUCAGCAUUGUAUAAGCACAGAGCUUAUUGUAGUCUAAAAUUGCUGUUACAAUAAAUGGGAACAAUCAGGGACCUCCUUCUUGAUCCAGUUUAGUGUUGAGAUUAGUGUAUGGUGUUUUGGGGGGUUUUUUUAGAGACAACUACACUUGAUGCAUCUGUCAAAUUCAGCUGUACCGUUCAUUCUAUCAUUAUAAACCUUUUUAUGCCUUAUUUAUCUAGGAAAAAUCAACUGGACAGGUUUGCUCCUUUCCAGCAACACCCACAUUCAGAAUUCACACAUAUAUUCUCACCUGAAAGCUGCCAAAUACAGUUAUCUACAUGCAGUCUUUGACUGUGAAAUAUCUUAUUUGUUAUUCUUUUUUGACAUUGGAUCAGUGCUGUUUCUCAGCUUUUGUAAAAGUAUGGGGAAAAUCAACAGGAGCAUGGAGAAGUGACAUACUAUAUUGAAAAUAGUGAUGAAGUAAUGGCAACUAAAAUAUUCUGUGGAUUUAUUAUGUAAAUAAAUUGUGGAAGCAAAAGAA